AUGCCUGAUUCUGGUAGAAAGUCAGAUGAAAACGGCGUUUUCAUGGGGGUCAGCCGAGUACCAGGUGUGACCUCGCACCGUGCAGAAUCCCAUGGAGGUGCAACAUGCUCUAUGGCGUCGCGGCAGGACGGUCGCAAGAACCUACCAUCAAAUGGCGGGAAAGAUGACUCAGAGGCCCUCUCAGAGAAUGAAAUACCAUCUGUCGGACAAGAAACAGCACUUACAGGACCACCCAAUGCCAUUAGCUUCGGUUCGCCGGCUGCUGCGGCAAAGCGGCGCGCCUUGGAGAACCUAGGACGACAUUGUAUCCCACAAACGGGAAGACAAGGCUUAGGCAACAAAACAAGACCAUACAUAUCCCUUAGGCGAGCCGAGUCGAGGAAUACCCAGAAAACGUCUUCCAUUUUGAAGCCGGGGGACAGAGUGCUGGAUGUACGUCGGCUUGAUUUCGGACCGACAAAUGGGAGAGGUCGUGGCCGAUCAAGUGCAUGGCGUGAAGUUCCACGCGUCAAAGCCCGUGAGGUUGGGGAUGAAGCCUUAUGGGGAGGAGCAUUUAAAGGACGACCAGACUGGUUGCCUCUGCCUGGUGAGAGAAAGGUCUUCUCUGCACGUUUCUUUGCAGCAUUCGCGCGAUUCGGCAGGUUCUCAGCAAAAGAAGUUAAGCGUUAUUUGCUGGCGUCCUGUUCUUUCGCUUCUGCUGCCAAUUGCGCAGAUAGCACAGUCAACGAGAAGGGGCAGAAGGUAGAUUGGCUUCGACACGCUCUUUACGGUGUGGGGACAUACGUCGAUGUUGAACGUCUCGUUGCUUACGUGCAGCUCAAAUGUGAGGAUAUCCUGUUGCCGCGCCAGUCCCUGAUAGGAGUAUUUGGCCAGAUGAAAGACCUCAGAGGAGUGCUGGCACAAGAAGGGAUGAAGCCCACAAAUCACUGCGGUGCCAAAGUGAUAAUUUCUCUCAAGGAACAGGUGGAGCGCCUCAGCUGCACACUGAAAGAAACACUAACUACAACAAUGCCAGUGCCAGUAGUGCCAUCACUGCACGAAACCCCAAAAUGUGGCGCGAACUUGCUUUUGUUGCAUGCUGUUAAAAUUCUUCUCAAGCCACAUGCUUUCCGCUGUGCGUUGUUUCUGAAGGAUGCAAAACUUAAGUGCAAGCCAUUUGAGGCUUUGGAACAACAGGAGGGCUUUCUGGAGCCUCUUACGGGGCGUCAGCGCAUCAUUGUGCUUUCCAGUGACUGUGUAAUUGCGCAGAUUAUUCGAUGCAUGGAGGGGAGACAAAACUUUAUUGCCAUUGAGAAGUGCAGCGCAACACACACUGUGCAGCUAGCAGAGGAAGAGCAUCAGAUGCGGAUGGGACUCGAAAGUCAAGAAGUACCACAACACUUUCGAGCGGUUGCUUCUUUGGGAGAAUAUGAUGCUUUGCCAGCAGCCACAAUCUUGGGUCCACCCUAUGGGGGGGUGUUGCGCCCUUCUGGAGAGUUGGCGAUGAUGCAGGUCAGCUCUAACUGCGGCAUAGAAUGA